AUGACUCCUUGUGGACUCCUCCUGCUGCUGCUGCUGCCUCAGACAAAGCGAGACAGUGUCGUGACUCCCUCCACAAUCGACCUCAACGCGAGCUAUCUCAUCAGCUCGCCCUACAACCAUUUGGCCAAUCGGCUCGUCCUCGACGAUCUAGAAAUUCCAUAUCGACUCUUUGCGUUUGCUCUCACUUCUCUGAAGCCGAUUCGCGACGACUACGCAACCGCACCGUACCUAGAAUCGUUCAAUUGGCCCGACGUCUUUGCCCUUUUGCGAGACUUGUGCAGACAAACAGGCUUUGCAUGGAAGCAACUCAGCUUCUAUACUGUCAUCUUUCGUUCCGUCCUUCUCCCCGGCAUCGAUCGCGGGAGACUAGCCCUGCUCGAUCAAAAGUCUCACGAGGAAGCUUGUGCGAGUGGCGGCUUGUUGAAGUACUGGUUCGGAAGUACGGAUGCAGAAUUGAAGAAUUUGGCGACUUGCCUAUGGCGAUCCCGUCAAGAUGCUGCCGCUGGCGGAGCGGGGCCUUGGCACGCCAAGGCAAGAGGUGCUGCGAGGACGAUGUAUCGUGACAUUGACUUCUACACUCACCAGCUUGUUGUGGAAAAUGGUGCCGAGUCGUGGCGGCUUGAUGUGCAUGUUGAGCAGCGUCCUCAUCGAUGA